CUUGCACCAACAUCUUCAAUGCCUUAGCUAGGGUGGCCCGCUCUUGUUGGGGCCUUAGCACUGAAGCUAUACAUUUUAUUUAUAAAGGUGUUUUUAUACCAAAAAUGGCUUAUGCUGCAGGAACAUGGUACACAGCAGCAGAAAAAGGUGUUAUUAAACGAAAAUUGUUAAGUGCACAAAGGAUUGCACUCCUCAGGAUUACAAAGGCAUUCCGUACAACCUCAACGGAUGCACUUUUAGUAAUUGCGGGCGAACCACCAAUAGAUCUAAUUAUUAAAGAACAAGCACUGAAAUACAUGUGUAGACAAGGGCUACCAAUUACUAUAAAUGGAAUACCAUACGAUGGUAUGCUAUACGAACGAAAACCAAGUGCUAAAGCACUACCAAAACCAUAUGAAAGGGGAGCAAUUGGGAUUGCCGAAGAGGCCGAAAUAGCCGAUACCAAUGUUUUUACUGAUGGUUCAAGAAUAGAAGAUCGAGUAGGAGCAUCCUACACUGUGUUUACACACGGAACAGAAAUCCAUCAAGGACAAUAUAGACUAGCAGAUCACUGCUCAGUUUUUCAAGCGGAGCUUUUUGCCAUAUUAAUGGCAGUAAAAUGGUGCAUAUCUUCUAGCCUAACUAGCAGUUUUAUAAUACACACUGACAGCAGAGCAGCCAUCCAAGCGAUGCAACAAUAUAUUGACACCAGCCAGCUGUCUAUAGAAAUAAAGACACUUAUAAGGGAAAACAAGAGUAACAUUAAAGUGAGAUGGGUUAAGGCCCAUGUAGGAAUUAUGGGCAAUGAGAGGGCGGAUGCCCUGGCGAAGGGUGCCAUUGAAUUCACAGAGAUUGCAUAUGGGAAAAUCCCAUUGUCUUUCAUCAAAAAGCAACUAAGGCAGCAGACCAUAGAAGAAUGGCAGGAGAGAUGGACGUAUAGUGAGAAAGGUCGUUACACAUACUGGCUGCUACCCAGUAUUGAGGAGAGAAUAAAAGAUCUUAAAUGGCUGCCAGUGGAUUUUCUGAGGACUCAACUCUACUCCAAUCACUGCAACACUAAAGAGUACUUGAAUAGAAUAGGGAAAGAUCAGGAAAGUAUUUGUGAUUGUGAAGAUGACAUAGAGAGCCUUGAACAUCUACUGACAACAUGCAUUAAGUAUGAAAAUGAAAGGAUGCAAUUACACCUAGUUGCUGCACAGACAUUUAAUACAGACUGUACAGAUCUAUACAUGCUGAUCCGGAAUAAGGAUAUUAUCCAAGAUCUAAAGAACUUUACGCGAAGUAUACUGUCAAAGAGUUGAGGAGCGAGUUGCUCCCACUCUAUCAAGCGGCAAGUGGCCGCAAUAAUUGUAAUGGCAAGCUGCAUUGCGAUUAUACAUGCUUUACCUAUUUCUUUUUAUUGUUUAAAUUGACUUAAUGUAAAUUAUGAUUUAUGAAUAAAGAAAGCGUUCCCCCUUGUGGUGCUAUUUGCGGGACAAGGGUGACUCUGAUCCCUGUAUAGGGAAAUGAUGACCAUCCAAUGAAAAAAA